AUGGAACCUGACAAUGAUUGUGAUUGGAAGCCAAAAGAAGGAAUGACCUUUGAUUCGGAAGAAGGUGCGUAUGAUUUUUAUAAUGCAUAUGAAGGAAGAAUGAGAUUUAGCAUAAGAAGGGAAUAUUGUAAGAAGAACAAGUUUACAAAACAAAUUAUUUCUAGAAAUUUUGUUUGCAACAAGGAGGGAUUUUGGAAGGUUGACAAGCGAGACCCAUUGACAAAAACCCCAAGAGCUAAAACUAGGACUGGUUGUGAGGCCUGGCUUUUUGUUACAUUGGAUGUCAGUACUGGGAAAUUAGUUAUGAUUGAUUUCAAAGAAAAACACAACCAUGAACUUGUAUCUCCUGAUUAUGCCCAUAUGUUGCCAUUUCAAAGAAGGAUACCAGCCAUCCAAGCAAUUCAGUUAGACUUAGCCUCAGAGUCUGGUCUUCGUUUAGGGCAGUCUUUUGAACUCAUGGGUAGGGAAGCUAGUGGAAGGCAGUCUCUUGGGUUUAUGAAAUUUGAUCAAAAAAAUUACUUGAGAACCAAAAGGCAAAAAUGUGUAGCGUAUGGGGAAGUAGAUAAUGUGUUGCAAUACUUUCAACAAAUUUUUUUGGAGAAUUCAUCUUUUUUUUGUGCUUUCCAAUUAGACAAUGAGGAGCAAAUAACGAAUAUGCUUUGGGCCGAUACACAAAUGAUCAUGGAUUAUGCCCAAUUUGGCGAUGUAGUUACAUUUGAUACUACCUACAAGUUAAAUAGGCCAUUUGCAUCUUUUGUGAGAUUUAAACAUCAUAGAGAAACAGUUAUUUUUGGUGCUGCUUUGUUGUAUGAUGAGACUGCUAAAACAUUUGUAUGGUUAUUUCAAACGUUUUUAGAGGCUAUAUCAAAAAAUGCACCAAAAACUUUGUUUACCGAUCAAGAUGCUGCAAUGGCUAAGGCCAUAUACAUUGUCAUGCCUGACACGAGUCACCAUUUGUGCACUUGGCAUUUGAUUCAAAAUGCAUUAAGGCAUGUUAAUUGUCUCUUUCAAGAUAAGGGGGUGAAAGGUGUAUUGAACAGAUUCAUGUUUGAUAUUGAGGAUGAAAAUGAAUGCAAAAUAAAGUGGGGGGAAAUGCUUGAUACAUAUGAUACUCAUGAUAAUCAUUGGUUGGAGUUGACUUUUGGGGUGAAAGAAAAAUAG